UGGAGUAUUAUUGAAGAUGACUAUAAUUACCUUCAGAAUCUUGCAAAAACUCUCUUCGCAAUUGUACCAUCACAAGCAAACUCAUGUAUUUAUUCAUUUUAUAUUUCUAAUCUUAAAAAAGUACUUGUAUAUUAUGGAAAAGAUUUAUCAGAAAUCGAAUUACAUAAUAAUGCAUUAAAUCAAACAUCAUUUACAAAUAAUGAAAACAAUGAUAUGAUUAUAGCAGAAUCUGAAGAAAAGUUUCUUGAAAUUAGUUCUAUUGUUGAUUUAUCAGAUGCAAUAUUUGGUGGACAGGGUUAUGUUGAAGAAAGUUUAGCAACUAUACGUGAAAGUGGAAAUAUAGAGUUUGACCCAAUUAUGAUUGUUCAAAAUGAACUUCAGUCAAUUGAUCCUAAUUUGUUAUAA